AAAACUACUUGUGCGCCUCCGUUUCAGAGCCAAAUGUCGGCUCCGACUCCCCCUCCGACCAGUGAUGGGGAAAGACGGAACUCUGAAAGCUGUGACUCUCCUAAACCAUCAAAGAAGUCGAAGCUGAAGAAACUGGAGAUCGUGACAGUGAUCGCGCCCUAUAAGGCGACGGGUCCCGAACAGCUGAGUCUCGAGAAGCAACAGCUGAUCCAAGUGCGGAAGAAGACAUCGUCCGGUUGGUGGGAGGGAGAGAUGCAGGUGAAGGGCAAGAAGAAACAG